AUGAAUCCUGCAUUCCUCUUGAUUGCCCUUUACUUGGGAACAGCUUCAGCUGCUCCGAAACUGGUUGGAAGUUUAGAGGCGCACUGGCACCGGUGGAAGGCAACGCACGGGAAACUCUAUGGCUCGAAUGAAGAAAGAUGGAGGAGAUCGGUGUGGGAGAAGAACAUGAGGAUGAUCGACCUGCACAACCAGGAAUACAACCUCGGGAGACAGACCUUCACCUUGGCAAUGAAUGCUUUUGGUGACAUGACCAAUGAAGAGUACACGCAGGUGAUGAAUGGCCAUUGGAACCAGAAGCACAAGAGGAGGAGACUGUUCCGGGAACCUGACGCUGCUGAGAUCCCCCCAGCCGUGGACUGGAGGGAAGAGGGCUAUGUGACCCCCGUGAAGAACCAGGGUCACUGUGGUUCUUGUUGGGCAUUUAGUGCAACUGGUGCCAUUGAAGGACAGAUGUUCCGGAAAACUGGCAAGCUUGUCUCAUUGAGUGAGCAGAACCUUGUGGACUGCUCUCAGGCUCAAGGCAAUGAGGGCUGCAAUGGUGGCCUAAUGGAUUAUGCCUUCCAGUAUGUGAAGUGCAACGGAGGCCUGGAUUCGGAGGAGUCCUAUCCGUAUCAAGCAAAGGAAGGACCCUGCAAAUACAGGCCCGAGGAUUCUGCAGCCAAUGUCACCGGCUUCGUGGACAUCCCUCCGCAGGAGAGCGCCCUCAUGAAGGCAGUGGCAACCGUGGGGCCCAUCUCUGUUGCCAUAGAUGCAAGCCAUCUUAGCUUCCAGUUCUAUCAAGAUGGCAUUUAUUUCGAGCGGCACUGCAGCAGCAUGAAUCUGGACCACGGCGUCCUGGUGGUCGGCUAUGGCUUCGAAGGAGAAGACUCAAGUGGCAAUAAAUAUUGGAUCGUCAAGAACAGCUGGGGCGAAGCUUGGGGCAAUAAGGGCUACAUCAAGAUGGCCAAAGACUGGAACAACCACUGCGGAAUCGCCACCGCGGCCAGUUACCCUACCGUGUGA